AUGUAUGACUUGAUUCGAGAGUCCGCGCUUGGCCAAGCCAUUCGAUUCGUCUCCGGAAAGAGAUGGCUACUAUAUCCAGAAGAGAGACCGGAUUUUGACGAGGGCAUGGCAAGAUUGGGAUCCGUGAAGAGCGUCCAAAGCGGUCCAUACAUCGACCAAGGAAGAUUCGACCCUGAACAGCAGAUCGAGUUGAAAGAGACAAAGAGCGUACCAAUUGUGCCACAGAAGACGAACGAUGGGGUCAUUCUAGUUGAUUGGUAUACGACCGACGACCAAGAAAACCCUCGCAACUGGUCGUCGUUGAAGCGGGGCUAUAUUGUCUUCGUCAUCUGCUUGUAUACAUGGGCUUCUGAGCUUGGACUUGCUUUAUACGUGCUGGCCUACGGAGUAGGGCCGCUCAUCUUUGGUCCUCUCACCGAGAUCCCCGUCAUCGGAAGGAAUCCCGUCUACUACCUCACGUUCAUCGUCUUCUUUGCGCUGUCAUUUCCUGCAGCCACCACCAACAGCUUUGGCGGCCUCUUGGCUAUCAGGUUCUUUGCUGGUUUCUUUGGCAGCGUUGGGAUUGCCAUUGGUGGUGCUUCCAUUGGCGAUGUCUUCACGCUCAUCUACUUCCCCUACGGCCUUGGCUGGUGGGUGUUUUCGUUCUGGGCAGGUCCUGCUAUCGGACCAACGUUUGCUGGAUUUGCGGCCAUGACAAAGGGCUGGAGGUGGCCUCUUUGGGAGGUUGCGUGGAUUUGCGCAGUCAUGGCCAUAUUCUUGCUGGCUCUCACUCCCGAGACUUCGUCGCCGAAUAUUCUGCUGAGACGUGCCCAACGUCUUCGAAAGCUCACUGGCGAUGCACGCCUCCAGUCACAGAGCGAGAUUGACCAGAGGCACAUGACGGGCACUGCUGUGCUCAUUGCUGCCUUGAUCCGACCAUUCGAAAUCACCAUCAAGGACCCGUCUAUCUUCUUUGUGUUCCCCCUUGUGUUCCCGCCUUUCUACGGCUUCAACCUUGGCCAAACCGGACUUGCGUUCCUGGCCUGUGAGGUUGGCUCGAUUCUGGCGCUCAUCCUCUACUUUGCCUACCUCUACUUCUACAUGAUUCCGGAUAACCUCAAGAAUGGAUUCCGAGAGCAAGAGCACCGCCUGCUACCUGCAAUUCUUGGCUCUUUUGUUCUUCCUGUCGGGUUAUUCAUUUUCGCCUGGACUGCAAGAGCCAGCAUUCACUGGAUCGUUCCACUGAUUGGCGUGGCCAUCUUUGUUCUCGGCCAGUACAUGGUUAUUCAGGGCCUCUUCAUGUACGUGCCGGUUUCAUACCCUCAAUACGCGGCCUCCAUCUUCACGGGCAAUGAUCUGAUCAGAUCUGCUGUUGCGUUUGGUUGUAUCCUUGCGGCGAGGCCCAUGUUUGUCAAUCUGGGCGUUCACAAGGGCGUGACUGUGCUUGCUGGGCUGAGCAUCAUGGGAAUCAUUGGAACAUUGCUCAUGUACAAGUAUGGCAAGGCUCUGCGGGCUAAGUCGAAGUUUGCGUCAGCUUAA